AUGGAUGAGAAAGUGUGCAGUGUGGAGUCAAGAAAAGAUGAAAAGGGUGAGGAUGUAAAAAUUCUCAAAUAUGUUGCUCCACUGGCUUAUGAGGAAUUGAUGCCCUUCCCGCAAAGGUUGUCAAAAGCCGUGCUCGAUAAACAUUUUGGGAAAUACUGCGAGACUCUUAAGAAGGUAUAUGCUUCCAUUCCUUUUUCAGAUCUUUUAAUUCAAAUGCCUCAAUUUGCAAAAUUUGUGAAGAAUAUUAAAGAUCAACAUGAUGAUAAGGAAGUAAUAAAUGAGAAAUGCUCUACCCUUUUAAGUGAUAGCCUACCACCUAAGCUGCAUGAUCCUGGUAGUUUUACUAUUCCCUGUAUGAUAAACGAAAUAUUUUUUGACAGGGUUUUGUGUGAUUUAGGUGCUAGUGUUAAUUUAAUGCCUUAUUCAUUAUAUGAAAAAUUAGGUUUGCAAAAACUUAAACCUUCCCCUAUUUUUCUUCAAAUGGCUGAUAGGACUGCUAGACUCCCUAAGGGUGUGGUUGAAGAUGUAUUAGUUAAGGUUGGUGAACUUGUUUUUCCGGUUGAUUUUGUUGUUAUGGAUAUGAAGAAGACCAUAAGUUCCCGAUUAUAUUUGUUCGUCCAUUCCUUGCCACAAGUCAAGCUCUAA